UGAGUGUGCCCAGGCAUGAAGGAGCCGGCCCUCCUGGCCGGCAGGCAGGUCGGGCGUUGCUCAGAGAUAAGCCAACCCCUGGCAGUGGGUGAUGAGCCCUGUGAAGGUUGCUCCGGACAGCAGUAAACCACCUCCUUGGAGCAGCUACUCCUGGCUGCGGGCCUCACAGCAGUGCCAGGAACGGGUGCUUUCCAGAGGUGCCAGGAGCCCUGCUCCUCCUGGGCGGUGUGGCCCUGACAUCAGGAAGGGCUCGGGUGUCAGCUGCUCCCCGCCCUCCCCUCCCCCGCACGACUCAGGAUCAGGGCAGCAUGAGCCGGGCAAGACACUUGGGCAAGCUCCAGAAACGCCUGGAAGAUGUCAAGAGCCAGUGGGUCCGGCCAGCCAGGGUGGACUUCAGCGACAAUGAGAGUGCCCGGCUGGCCACAGACGCCCUCUUGGAUGGAGGUCCCGAGGCCUACUGGCAGGCGCUCAGCCAGGAAGGCGAGGUGGACUUCCUGUCCUCAGUGGAGGCCCAAUACAUCCAGGCCCAGGCCAAGGAGCCCCCCUGUGCCCUGGAGCCCCCAGGGGCGGCUGAGGCAGGCUCCAAGGGGCUCGACUCCUGCUCCCUGCAAUCAGGUACCUACUUCCCAGUGGCCUCCGAGGGCAGUGAGCCGGCCCUGCUGCACACCUGGGCCUCCGCUGAGAAGCCCUACCUGAAGGAGAAGUCCAGCGCCACCGUAUACUUCCAGACAGACAAGCACAGCAACAUCAGGGACCUCAUCCGCCGCUGUAUCACCCGGACCAGCCAGGUCCUGGCCAUCCUGAUGGACGUGUUCACGGACGUGGAGAUCUUCUGUGACAUCCUAGAGGCGGCCAACAAGCGCGGGGUGUUCGUCUGUGUGCUCCUGGACCAGGGAGGCGUGAAGCUCUUCCAGGAGAUGUGUGACAAAGCCCAGAUCUCUGACACUCACCUCAAGAACAUCUCCAUCCGGAGCGUGGAAGGAGAGGUGUACUGUGCCAAGUCAGGCAGGAAGUUCUCCGGCCAAAUCUGGGAGAAGUUCAUCAUCUCGGAUUGGAGAUACGUCCUGUGUGGAUCGUACAGCUUCACCUGGCUCUGUGGGCACGUGCACCGGAACAUCCUCUCCAAGUUCACAGGCCAGCCAGUGGAGCUGUUCGAUGAGGAGUUCCGCCACCUCUACGCCUCCUCCAAGCCCGUCAUGGGCCUCAAGUCACCCAGGCUGGCCACACCCCUGCAGCCCGGAUCAGCCCCCGUGCCCCCGCCUGGCCGCCUCAGUGACAGCAGCGGCUCCGCCAGUGACCGCACAUCCUUUGACCCCUUCAACAGCGCAUCGACAGGCAGCAACCCCCAGACCCAGAGUCUGUCCACAUCCUCGGGGCCCGGCAGCCCCCUGGCCCCAAACCCACUGCUUGCCUCCAGGUUCCAGCCCCACCACAGCUCUUGGGGGAACCUGACCCCACAGGGCCACUUCUCCUCGAGGCCCUAUGAUGGCCCGCCGGCCCUCUACAGCAACCUCAAUGCCUACAGGCCCACUCGGCUACAGCUUGAGCACGUGGGCCUGGUGCCCAGGGUGGCCCACACCUGGAGGCUCUUUCUACAGGCCUCCCCACAUUUCUGAAGAGUCCCUUCUGCCAGCUGACCUCCCUGGGGACAAGGCUGGGCAUUCUUGGAUUUUUCUGGCUCAAGGACCCCACUUCAACACUGAGUGGCUUGAACCUGCUUCCCUUUGAACUAAAGGUGCUUGGACGAAACCAUUGCCCAUAUUUGAAUGUUCCCAGGCCUGAGACGAUUUGCUUCCUGACCCCCUGGUAUGGCCCAGGCAGCACAUUCCAGAAGGUUCCAGGGAGGUGGUAGGCAGGGAGCUAGAGGACGAAAUCAUGAAAAUAGAGCAUCUUUCUUCCAAAGAGCCACCAGGGCUUUAAUAUCAACAUUUCCCAAACCUGCAAUGCGACAAGGGGCUGAUGCAACCCAGGUUUUACAUAUGGGUAAACUGAGGCACUGAGGCAGAGGGUAGGUGUGACCAAGGUCCUCCUCUGUCCCAGUGCCCAGGAAUGGCCCACUCCCCAGAGAUGCAGGAGGGAGAGAUUCAGGAGAUAGUCUGGGGACAUACUGGAUGUUUCUGGGAGGGGAUGGAAAUGCCUCCUCCCUGGAAGAGCCUAAUACUAGGGAGUCCCUGGGGCGGUGAGUUAGGGAUGGGGCCCAGAGCCUACCACUGGAAAUUAUGUGAGGUGGUUCAAAGUGUGGCCACCUGGGGUGGGGCAAACCAAGGCAUCUAGGGGAUGGAGCUGGACAAGGCCCUGUGGCAGCUCAGCUCUUUGCUUUGAAGAGCCUUGGGCUGACCUGGAGGUUCCUGGAGUCUGGGCUGGAUCCUGGGGGGCUUGAGUUGUCAGAUCUGAGGAUGGCCCUGCAGUUGCGGUUUAGGCAGCCUUGAGCAAGCAGGGAGGACCCCACAUUGACCUUGCAGCCACCAGGUGCAUCAGCUACCUCCAGUUCCAUCCCCUCCACCUGGCUUGCUGACAUCCUGAAGCAGGAAUGCCGCGCCCUCACCAGUCCCAUCGCUCUUCCAUUCUGGGAGUCAUGGCACAUCCGGUUUGUUCCUGCGGUGGCAACAGAUCCUGAGAGUAAUAGACCCUCCUAAGCCUGCUUGGGUAGAAACAAGAACACAGGAUGUUUAGGGAGCACAGAGGAGGGCCAGCCAGCCCAGUCUGGGGGCGAGGGGGUUGGGGACACUUUCCAGAGACAUGACAGUUAACCUGAGACCUAAGGAACAAGGCUGUUAUGGCUGAGGGGAGGGGUGUGAUGAGCUGUUUCGGUCCAGGAGAAGCAGGUGUAGAAGCCCCGCAAGCAUCCUCUGGUUUCUAUGCCCUGCCCCCCACCAGCUCAUCUCAGCAAAUGGCUUCCUGCUGCCCUUCUCCGGCUCAGAGGCUCUGCCUUUGCUGCAGAGGCCGGGGUG